AUGAUCCCGGAAGAAAUCGAGUCCGCUUGGGCGAAUAGUCUCUACCGUGUCAACGAUUUCCUCUUCGAAGUCGACAAAAAGAAGGAACAGAAACAUUAUUGUCGGUGCAUUCGAAAAAAGUCGGACGGUUGUUCUGCUCGAAUCAUAGUCGUCAAGGGAGCCGAUGCCGAAAUUAUCAGGACGUCCGGGACUCUUAAUCACGAAGAGGAACGUCGUGAUCGCAUCAGACGCGCUGCAAAGACAGAGAUGAAACGAACGCUUCUGCUUCGACCGGACAAAUCAUGUAAACAAGUGUAUCAGGAAGUCCUCGUUCGGAGUAUUGCAAAUCUUCGACAAGAUCACGCCGCCGAAGAGAUCGGCGCUGCUUUGCCGAAUUUUGAAGAGGUUCGAAGCUCCUUGCAUCGACAGCGAGCUAAGGUUCGACCGGUGCUGCCGUUAAGUCGGUCUGAUAUCGUGCUUCGCGAUACGUGGACAAGAACCUUGGACGGGGAGGAUUUCUUAGUCUUUGACGAUGGAACCACGGACAGAAUCCUCGGUUUCUCGACCGAAGAAGCUAUGACGAUCCUCUGUCGUGCUGACGCGAUUUACAUGGACGGGACCUUCAAGGUCGUGCCUCAUCUGUUCGCUCAGCUUUAUACGCUCCACGCUCAAUAUCGGGGGCAAAUGAUGCCGCUCGUGUAUUUUCUCCUCCCUGAUAAACAGAAGGAAACUUACAUCCGAAUGUUUACGCUCCUGAAGACCUUCGCUGUGACACGGCAUAUGGUUUUUCAACCUCCAAAGAUGCAACUAGACUUUGAAGUUUCAAGUCUGAAGGCAAUCGAAGAGUCGCUCCCAGGAACGGAAGUAAAGGGAUGCAAUUUCCAUUUUUCUCAAGCGAUAUGGAGGAAAACCCAGCAGGUCGGUCUCCGAACCUUCUACGAUAACGAUCCGAGCAUCAGGAGUUUCGUCAAAGGCGUGAUGGCUCUAAGUUUAGUACCGGAGCAUCUCAUCGAUGAUGCGUGGUUGGAGCUUCAGAGUGAAUCUCCCACUAUUGAUCACGCUGCGUAUGCCAAAUUGGACGAGCUCAAAGAAAACUUUGGACCGCGCACGACAAAUAAUAUCGAAGCAUGGCAUAGUGCCUUGAAUCGAAUGGUCAAGGAAAGCCACGUGAACAUCUUUGUCUUGAUAGGCCAUCUCAAACAGGACCAGAGCAAGCACAAGUCGGACAGACUUCUAUUGGACGUCGGGCACCCUCCGAAGCCGCUAGCGGAAAAAUACAUUACUCCUAAAUACAAAGACUGGAGCGCAUCGUACGACAAUAUGAAAACCAUGAAAUCACUCUCAUAG